AUGGCUAAACUUGAUGGUCUCCAGAGCUCCGUUAAUGAACUGAAGGCGAUAACAUCUGUGCUUACAGAUUCCGUCGGUGCUCUGACGGGAUUGGUCAAAGGGGCAUAUAAAGAAGCCGAAAAGGAGAAAGUGUUUAAGGACAUGGAGUUUCCAAUUAUGACGGAGGAAGAUCUGUCAAAAACAAAUCUCCUUCUAGACGAGGAAACCAGAGUAAAACUCACUGCAGUAGUUGCCAACAUAUUAAAAAGAGGGAAAAUAUCUAAAACUAUUAGGGAUGUCUUAGGCGGAGACAUCCUCCUGGAAUAUAACAUUGAAGGGACGAAAAACCAAAAAAGGCUUAAAGACCACGAUCGGUUUUAUUCAGCUCUUUUGGAUGCGAUCGUCCAAGUAGAUGAAAGUGAACUUCCAGAGAAGAUACUUGGAAAGGUACUUCUGUGCGCCAAAAACUUAAACUCUGCGAAUAAAAAGCGGAAAGCCGAGGAGCAAGCAAACCUUGAGGCUUUUCAAUUCAUUCAUCAUGAUUAA